AUGUCGGCCGAUGUUGAUCCUUUCGAAGAUCUUCCUCCAUUACGAAAUGCUCCAGUGGCUGAGAGGAGCGAGCUCUUCCGGAAAAAAGUGCGAGCGUGCGGAACUGUAUUCGACUUUAGUAACCAGCAGACAUAUUUGAAGGAAAAGGAGGCCAAGCGACAGACGCUACUCGAGCUCGUUGAAUAUGUGAACAAUACACGCAACUGCUUCAAUGAUUCAGUCAUGCAAGAUGUGGUUAAUAUGGUAUCGGCGAAUAUUUUUAGAGCGCUUCCACCAGUGCAUGGUCGCAGUACUAACUCGAUAUACGAUCCGGAAGACGACGAACCCACGUUGGAGCCUAGUUGGCCUCACCUCCAGAUUGUGUAUGAGUUUUUCCUCCGCUUCGUAGUAUCUAACGAUGUUGAUCCUAAACUUGCCAAGAGAUUCGUAGACCAGACUUUCGUAUUAAGAUUGAUGGAUUUAUUUGAUUCGGAAGAUCCGCGAGAAAGGGACUAUCUGAAGACGAUACUCCACAGGAUAUACGGAAAAUUUAUGGCCUUGCGGUCGUUCAUCCGGAGGGCAAUGCAAAAUCUUUUCUACAAGAUCAUCUACGAGAGCGAGUACCACAACGGUAUCGAGGAGCUCUUGGAAAUCUUCGGCUCGAUCGUCAAUGGCUUCGCUCUUCCGAUCAAAGAAGAGCACAAACAGUUCUUAGAGAAGAGCCUUAUACCGCUUCAUAAAGUUAAAACGUUGAAUUCUUUCCAUCAGCAACUCUCGUACUGUAUGACUCAGUAUGUUGAGAAGGACCCGCGGUUGGCUGACUCGAUAAUUCUGGGCCUUCUCCGAUUUUGGCCGAUAACAAACACACCAAAAGAAGUGUUGUUUCUCAAUGAAGUGGAGGUCGUUUUAGAACUGACCCAACCCCCAGAGUUCCAGAAGGUGGAAGUGCCUCUAUUCAAACGGAUAGGGCAAUGUAUUGCCAGCCCUCACUUCCAGGUAGCGGAGCGGGUGCUCUUCUUGUGGAACAACGACUAUAUCGCAAAGCGGAUCAAUCAGGAUCGGCAAGUUAUAUUCCCUAUCAUCAUUGGACCAUUAUAUAGGAAUUCUGACUCCCACUGGAAUACUACUGUUCACGGUUUGUCGUACAAUGUUAUUAAACUGCUCAUGGAGGCCGAUCCACCAUUUUUCGAUGAGUGCAAUUCUAAAGUGCGAAUCGCAGAGGAAGAGAUUCGAAAAUCCAAGGGCGUAACAAAAGCGAAAUGGACCCUCCUUCAAGCUGCUCACAAUGCGCGUGAACGUGGCAGUGCAGUCGAGGCGAGUGCUCAAUUCGUGAUCAGCUACCCGAGUAUAUCUAUGGAUGAGUUUGGCACGACUCGUGCCGCACGAAUGGCAUCAGCUGGCUCACUCGAAUCGCGACCUCUGAAGCAGAAGGAUCCGAAAACCUCGGGGCUAGUGGUGGCGGAAGGUUCGAAGAGGAAAAGGGUGGUGCAGAAUGGAGCGAAAAUGCCCGUGAGAGAUUUCCAUAUCUUGAAGUAA